AAAAAAAAAAAUCAGAAUAAUAGUCCUCUCAAACCAGAUAGUGAAAGAGAGUCCUGGCUGGCACCAAUCCUUCAGUCUGCGCUGGCCCAUGGCUCCCGACUGCACCAGACUUCACCUCCAGAUGUUGACGUUGUCAGACCGCCCUGGAAUCCCCUCAAGACGAGAAGUUCGCAAUCAGCCGAAAGAUCACCGUGGGCCACUGAAAGACCACUACGCUGGGCCAAGAGACCACCACAUUCCACCAAACGGCCACCGCGCCGAGACAGGAAGCCGCCCGCGCCAGGAAAACAAAGGAUUUUCCUCUUCCAGUUACUAAGGGGCCUGGCUUACUGUCAUAGCCGUAAAGUGCUGCACCGAGACCUGAAACCUCAGAACCUCCUGAUCAGUGACAGGGGAGAACUCAAGCUCGCUGACUUUGGAUUGGCUCGAGCCAAGUCUGUUCCUACAAAGACCUACUCAAAUGAAGUGGUGACGCUGUGGUACCGUCCUCCAGAUGUUCUCCUGGGCUCAACAGAAUACUCUACACCCAUUGACAUGUGGGGCGUCGGCUGCAUAUUUUAUGAGAUGGGAACAGGCCGUCCGUGUUUCUCAGGAUCUACGGUCGAGGACCAGUUACAUUUGAUAUUCAGGAUUCUGGGAACUCCAACUGAGGAGACAUGGUCAGGAAUCUCGACUCACGAACAGUUCAGCGCUUAUCAUUUCCCGAGAUACAAGGCAGAACCUCUUAUCAACCAUGCCCCCAGGUUGGACACGGAUGGCAUUGACUUACUUUCCAAACUACUUCAGUUCGAAGGCAAGCGCAGGAUCACAGCGCAGCAAGCUGUCCGGCAUCACUACUUCCAAAGUUUUGGACCGGCAAUCUUGGAGCUGGAUGACAGUGAGUACAAUUCUGAUCCCUCCUCUGGGCACUUCACACCCACAAACACAGACUUCAUUCGGUGAUAUGAGAAGGGGAAU